AUGUCGCCUGUAUAUGGAAACGAGAGUAUCAUGUCGGACGCAGAGAAUGAGUUUCUCUCGCACCUUCCUCCUAACACGCCCGUCUUUCGCUACGAUCCACAAUGCAGUCUGGAAAGUCUCUUGCCUCCUAUAUCACCGUACGACUGUUUUGUUGUCAUCAAAGCAUUUCCAUCAGAAGUGAUUGACGAACUUGACGAACAAUUGCCCGGCCGUCUGGAUUACUCUUCACAACUUCAAACUCUUAUUUUGAAAAUACCUAGCCAACCACAUGAAGAAGCCGCCGGUAAAUUUGAAGGAGUGCUGACGGUCCUAGCCACUCAAAUGAAAGUUUUCCGUCGACUACAUUAUCUAGGAGCUACCCGUGUUGAUGGUAAAGAUCGAAAAAAACAAGCGGAUCGCGCAUGGAUGCCAGUAAGGCAAGGAGGACAGUUUCCGACGGUGGCUUUAGAAGUUGGCUAUCCAGAGACAGCUGCGAAGCUGGAAAAGGAUAUCACUUGGUGGCUACAUGCAUCAAAAGGACGCGUGAAAAUGGGUAUCACGAUUGAUAUAAAACGAGGCUCGGGAAAUAUUGAAAUAAAAUCUUGGGUUACAGAGCCAGUUCCACAACAUAUCUACAUCACUAUGCACCAACGCCAAGUUGUAGAUAGGCGUUGCAAUACUCAAUCACCGCCCCAGAUUACACAAAGGAUUCUGAUCAAAAAAGGCAAGAAUGGCCAAGAACCGACUAUCACAGGAGGGGAUUUAGUCAUCCCAUUCAAAUCUUUGUUUUUGACCGAACCAGGAGAAGGAGAAAGUGAUUUCGUUAUGACUGAAGACAUGCUAGUCCAUGACAUUGCAGAGCUUGUCUGGGCUGCAAUUGAGAAUGAAGAAGCAAAGAAAAGACCGAAUUAG